AUUCACAUUCACAUUCACAUUCACAUUCACAUUCACAUUCACAUUCACAUUCACAUUCACAUUCACAUUCACUUUUUUAUUCUCCUCCUCCUCGUCUCCUUCUCCUUUAAAAUUUCACAUACAUACAUGUAAAUCGCUAUACAUCUCAGUUACUACUAUGGCUACAUUCUCAAGCAAGACUUUUAAUAGCGCACUUUAUCAAUCUUUUCGUCCAGGCUAUAAUGCAAAUUUCUUCAAGAUGGUGUACAACUAUCAUGCACGCCACCACGGUCAGUUUGAUAUGGCUGUUGAUGUCGGUACAGGUACUGGUCAGGUCGCGUCCGUUUUGGCUGAAAAGUUCAAGCAUGUCUAUGGUGUGGAUCCUUCGGAGACCAUGUUAGCUUCUGCAGUCCAAAAGCCCAACAUCAGUUAUCAUGUCAGUAAAGGGGAGGAUCUGAAGGUGAUCCCACAAGGUUCAGUAGAUGUUCUAACGGUCGCACAGACUUUACAUUGGCUUGAUCACCCAACGUUCUUUUCAGAAGUCAAGCGUGUUCUCAAACCUCAUGGGACGUUUGCUGCUGUGGGCUACGCAUUUGCGGUAUUUGAGAAAUAUCCUCGAGCUAGUCAACGGGUUUUGGAGUUGGGAAUAGAACCAGAUCAAUUGGGUACCUUUUGGGAACCGGGUCGGUUGAUCUUAAAUAAUAUGUACAAGAGUAUUGAAGUGCCUUUGGAGGAUGUAGAACGACAUUAUUUCCCUAAUAACAAGGAUGGUUAUCCUUUACUCAUGUCGGAACAAGUGUCGAUGGAGCAUUUCCGAAACUAUCUCAAGACUUGGUCAGGAUACAAGACUUUUAGUGAAAGGCAUCCUGAACGACCUGAUAUUGUUGAUGAGACCAUUGAGGCCAUCUUGAAAGAGGAGGGUCUGAAGAAUGAGGAUGUUGUUGAUAUCACUUGGCCUACAGUGUUAAUCCUAGGCAGGAACAGUGCCUAGAGCAAGGUGUAAAGGGAUUGUCUUUUUUCAUUCUUCUUUCAUUGUCAGGAUGGAUAGAAAUAAAUGUCAAGAACGUGUAACUUGUAGUGCG